CAGCCUCUGCUUACCAGCAGAAAGUCUCUGGCCUGGAGGAAGUUGGCUUCUGCCUCACCACCUUUGCCAACCUACGCUUGGCCAUGUGGGGGGCAGCGGCUGGCGUGAUCCUGCUCCUGAGUCUGGGGGCCGCCUCUGCUGCUCUCUGCUCCCCCACCACCUUCUACAGGAACUGUUGGAUUCGCCGCUUCCCAGGGCUGCUACUGGACUUGGACGAGUCCCAGAAACUGGGCGCCCAGUUCUUGAAGUAUUACACGGAGAACACAGGCCAGAAGUGUAGCCGGAGCUGCUGCCUUCGAAAGGAUGUGUCCUGCAACGUGGCUGUCUUCUACCACGACCCCAUCCACGAUGGUGCCAACUGCCUGCAUGUGCACUGCCCAACCCUGGAGAGCUGCAUCCUGGCGCCUGGGAUUGGAGCUGUUCUCUACAACAUUACAGAUGGUAUAGACCCUGACCUGCUGGUGUUUGAACAGUCUUCCCCCACCUACCUCAAUACUCGCUCCUCCUCCAGUCCAGGGGAGCAACUGAGGCUGCUUAAAGCUGUGGACCCAGAUCCACGGCGAGCCCCAGGGGCUGGCCCUGUGCUCCCAUCCAGAGACACUCCAGCCUCCACUACAUGCUCAGACACCCUCACAGACACAGCCGGGGCUCCUGAGGCACCGACUACAUUCUCUGGGGACAGCCUUUCUCUGAAUGACUCAAUCACCACUGAGGCACUGGGGGCACCCCCAAGUCCUGCUGCCAUCAGUGAUCCAGCAGACAUGACCGUUUCUCCAGCUUCUGUGCCACCUGAUGCGUGGCCUUUACACAAGCCCAACCCCUCCAAACUGGAGAGCAGCAAGCAAUUACUGAACAAAACCAAAGGGUCACAGGGCAGUGCCCAUGGGCCGGGGGACAGUGAAGAGACAAUUCACAAGGCCUCUGGGAUUUCCACGACAUGGCUGGUCCCUGUGGCUCUGUGCUCCAUGGUAGUCUUCCUCUGUGGCUGUGUUGUGGCUGUGACCCUGGCAUGCCGUCGGAAGCAACAGGGCCAAUAUGAGCCAGGACGGAAAACCACAGGAAAGACAUAGCCUCACUGGGAAGGAGAAGGUGUUUCCAGGGCAGCGUCAACAUGGCCCAGAGAUCAAGGCCCCAGCUCCCUUCUCUCAAAGA